AUGAGUUUGGAUCGUAUCAUUCAGGACUCCGACGAGGACGAACCCUUUGAGGGGGAUAACCUUCCCACAUCUGCCAACCCUCUCCACCCCUCCGAGCCCGCAUUGCCGCAGGAAUAUCAAUAUGCCCCCGCCAAACAGAUGACCCACAAUGCAGUAUAUGAAUAUGAUCAUGCUCCCGAUGAAAGCAUGUUCCCACAGCUGAACGUUAAUUUCGAUGAUUUCCUCCAAUCGCAAGACAAGAGCCAUUCAAUGCUAUCGUCGUCGCAACAGCGGCGGGAGGACAGAUGGAUCCCCUCAACCAGUGAGGGGGGAAGUGGGUCGGUUGGAGCCAUGAUGACGGAGAUCGGACUAGCGCAGAGAAGACUCCUGGACGAAGACCCUUCAAGUGCAAGCCUACCACCCCCUUCUACAACCGCGCUGUUCCCGACAGAAUCAUUCCAGUCAGCGCCGUUUCCUACCCUACCAAGUCACUACUCAUAUCAAAUGGCCCAACCAGAGAGUAGCAGCUUCACACGUAAUCCAGCACCCAUUAGCGUCUACGCCGGCACAAAUCAGUCUUUGUUGCCCACCAGACAGGGUAUCUAUGACUUGAAUCCACCUGAUACCACCCACUCAAUGGCUUAUGCUCCGAAAAUUGUUCCUCACCAAGCUACCGAGCCUUCCAUGGAACAGGAGAACCUACACCCAAACCCGCAAUCAAACAAACCCCAGGAAGCUUCACAGCCCAAAUGUCAGCAGACGGGUUCUUACUCCCCCCAUGACACUGAGCCUCUCUCCUCUAUUGCAUCCAUGCGAUUCAGCGAAGCAAAGAUUACCACAGCUGGAACCAGUCUCAUUUCCCCACACCAAUCCCAGUCAAGUACGCACGACGAGCUCGCUCUGCCAGCUAUUCUACCAACUAUGCCAGACUUCAAGACGCCCGAUGCAAACAAGAAGCGAAGACGGCCCAAGAAACAACACAUGCUAGAGAACGAUGAGGACGAUGAGCUAGCCAAUUCUCGAGACCACGAGUUCAAACAGACUGGCGCAAACGGUGCGAUUGACCUUUCCAGUAGCGAAGAGACUACGGAAGAUAACACCCCGGCCUCGAGUAGAGUCUCAGACGAGACUGACGAAGAAAAUCUAGAAGCAGCCCCCAAGCUAGCAAAACCAGGACCCAAGGAGCCGAGAAAGAAGAAGGUCAAAACAAGCAAGACGACGCCCGCCCCCGAGCCUGACGACGACGACGUGAUCUGGAUAGACACGAAGCCUCUCAGCGUGGAUCCUUCAACCGGGAAUGCAACCCCGCAGACAGAAGCCACAGAGGCCCCAAGACGGGAUCUAGAAUCUAAUGAUCUGGCCUCAAAUCUGCCGGUGGAUCCCCAAUCAGCGACUCCCGCAGUUGAAGAGAAGACGCAAAACGCUCAAAAGGCCGAAAAACCAGCACCCAAAAAACGCGGACGUAAGCGAAAGCAAAUAACCGAGCUAGCGGAAACAUCAUCAGAAUGUGCAGAUACACCGGAACCAAACAAGUCGCCAUCCGGAGCCCAGACUCCUGCGUCGAAGUUGGCUGUCGUUGUCGAUAAUAGUCCGAAGUCUAUGGUCGAAGCUAAUACCGGUAACAACGAUGCAUCUGCUACUAAAAGCAAAGAUCAGAACACACCCCCUCUUCCUGGUCCUGAGUCUCUCUUUGAAGCUGCAAUUGAUACCUCCCAUCCUCAGACUCCCUCGAAGCCCGAUGCUGCGUCUGUCAAUACACCACAGAACGCAGGUAAGGGCCCGGAUAAGCACAGUCCCAUCUCGGCGCGGAGUGGGGUGCCUUACCGCGUGGGAUUGAGUAAGAGAGCGAGGAUUGCGCCGUUGCUCAAGAUGGUACGGAAAUAG